CUGCCUUGUUGUCUCCUGUGGUGUGCAUGGCCCUUUAAUGUUUCCCCUCUGCCUGUGACGCCCUGAUUGGGGACACCUGACGCCCUGAUUAAGGACACCUGACGGCUGGCAGAGGAUAAAGAGGCCGGAGGCAGAGUCUCGAUCUCUCGCUCUCCCGCAGAGGACCUGACCACGGAGCAGCCACGUUGCUUAGCCUUUUUUGGCUUUUUCCUUUGUGUUAGUUUUUCUUUGUUUAUGACAAACUUUUGUUAAUAAAUAUAUUUUUCAUACAUGUUCUUGUCCUUUCCCACGCUUUUUGUUAUGGCCAAGAGCCAGGCCAUGACAGAUGGGGGCUCGUCCACUUCUCUUAUCUGUGAUACAGCAACGGAUAGGUAAGAUUUGUGUUGGGAGUUGGUGCGCGUGUAUAAAGUUUGUUGGGAGCGCGUUUGCAGUGCGGCCGGUUUCUUUGCUUCGGCUCGUUGUGGGAAGGACAUUUCAGAUCGUUGUUUGGGGACAUAUUUGAUUACUUUGUGAGGCUUUGAUUUGUUUGGUAUUAUAUUUUGGGAGAGUGGUUGCUAGUUGUUCUUAGCCGUGGUCAGCUGUUUGUUUUUGUUUUUUCUCCUUUCUCUCUCGUGGGGGUUUGUUGGUGCGUUGCAGGUGGAGCAGUGCGGAGCGGUGCGGAGUUUUCCCUGGCAGGUUAAGCGGCGGUUCCCUUGGGAUUGUUGAGCGGGGUGUGUAGUGUUGCGGAGAAAGUGGUUGAAGCUUCGGCUUGGGAGCAUGGCCGUGGUCACAGUAGUGUUGCUAGCUUGCUAGUCGCUUUGCUGGGCCAGCGGUCUCCGGUGCAUAAAUACCCACCACAAGUAACUGCAUGAAGACUAGGGAGGAGAUUAGUCAGUGGGAUGGUGAGUUAGUGGGGAAACUCCAAUCAGAACAUUAGUGUUGUUCCAAUUUGGACGCAUAAUAAGUGUGGUGGUAUAUGUCCGGGUGGUUUUUGUGUUUUUUUUUUUCUUUCUCAUCUCUCGGUUUAAAGGUCCGGUGUUGUGUUCCGGUGAGGGGUCGUUUGAAGUUAAUAUGGCUGACGUAGAGGCAUUUAUUGAAGCUCCGUCUCAGGAGUUGCUUGGUACUUUUUCAAGAGAGCAGCUGCUCUUAAUUGCUGAGCAUUUCUCUGUGUCUACACAGGAAAUAUUGUCUCUCGCACAGAUGCACACUCGAAAGCAGACGGAAGAAGAGCAGAAGAAAUUCAUGCCAGGAUGCAAACUGUAAGGGUGAAGUACAAGGAUCAUCAGAAGUACAUUUGCUAUGAGGGUCAACUGACCUUCAAAUCCUUUUUGGAUUGUGUUGCCAAUAAAUUUGACAUUCCCACCUUGGACUUAAAAGUCUUUGAUGUAACAAAGACUGAAGUUGACGAGGAGGUGUUUGAGUUUCUAAUACAGAAACAAGACCUUGGUGUCCUGGAGAUUUGUUUGCCUCAAGAUCCAAAUGAUUCGUUAAGCUCCUCUGCAAGCGCCUCCGUUACAAGCUACAGCGAUGUGGACUCUGAUGACACCAUCAUACUGCAGCGUAGUCCUGCUUCUACAAAGAGAGAAGAGGAUAGUCGUUUAGCCAAAAUGAUUGAAGACAUUCUGAAGAACAAACCUGGUGGAGAGAGGAUCAUGAAUGAGUAUGCUCGGACUAAAAGUCUAACAGAUUCCAGGAGACGCGAUAUGGUCAAGAUAUUGGUUGCACAAAUGACAAGUGAUCAUGGGACAAGUCCUUCAAGGCGUGUUAAAGAGGAAUACGCAAAGGGCAUCACUUCCUUGUUCCCAAACCUGGCCGAUCCUAGGAGCAAGUUUGGCUUUGAGCAUUAUUACAAUGCAGAAGAUGGUAGUGGGUACCUGGCAUGGAGACUGAAAUUUGUUCAAAAGGGAGCAUCAGAGGGACAAAAGAAGACCCUGCGUCAGUCACUAACAGGUGGUCCAAAAGCUGAUAGAGGCCCUUUCACAGAGGCAAACUGUCUAACCACUGAAAGCCUGUGUUGCGAGGCUAUCGCACUGAUGAAGCACUCAGCUGAUGAAGCAAUUGUCAAGGAGAAGAUGAAGCAGACCUUCACAUAUCGCCAAAAGAUGCUUCAUGACCCAGUCAAGUCUUCUGAAAUAUUCACUGUGUUUCCAAGAUUCCUAGACAUACCAGGAAUGUCCUUCUUGAUAAGAGUCUUGUAG